AUGGCAGAACGUUCCCAUCCACCGAAUCCAUAUUUUGAGUUGGUGUCCACAGACCCUUCCAAUCCUCAGUGGAAAUGCUUGGUCUGUGUAGAACACAUGGGCAAUUUUGGCCCACAUUCAAAAACAAAGCCUCACCUUGAUGCUGUUGCUCGAUACGAGGCUGGUCUAGCUGGCGAGAACAAGAUGAUAUCUGGUCUCAAUGAAGAUGAGACCCCUGCAAUCAACACACCCACACCUCAGGAUAAUCUCUUUGAUAAGGAUGGUCCUCAAUCCAACACAUCUGACGGGCCCCCAUUGCCUCCUCCAUGCUUCCGUACCUUUUGCCUUGCGGAGGAAAAUCAGCCUGGCAAUUCAGACACCUCCGACAUGGACCAAAUCAACCUCAACAAGCUUCUUGAAGCUACUCAUGCCAUGGACGCCAAUGAGUGGGGUCCAAAUGAGCCGGAAAGGGAUGAGGCACUUCUUGAGGCAGACUUGCGUAACAGUCCCCUUCAGGACACUUCUGGUUGGUACCCGUUCAAGAAGAAAGAGCCUGCCUGA